GAGGUUGGGUUUGUGACGCGCUGGUCACGCCCCGCCUGGCUUUCCUAAAUAAAGUUACUUGUUAGAUUAUGUUAAAGUAAGUGUGAAUGUGAACUUUCGUGUGUUUUGUUGUCUGUGUCUGUCAUCAUGGGGAAGAUUGAAUGGGCGAUGUGGGCCAACGAACAGGCUCUGGCUGCUGGUCUCAUUUAUCUGACUGGAGGUAUAGUUGGAGUGGCCGGUCAGUUCAGAGGUUGGCAAUUCGCAGCGUUUGGCAUUGCUGCAGGUGUGUUUGUGUGUUUGCUGGAAUAUCCCCGCAGUAAACGGAGCAAAGGCACCAGUGUUGAGAGGACGGGUCAGUACUGCUUCACGGUGUGUGUAAAGGCUUUUGGGCCACUGACCAGCAACUAUUACGUCAGAGCUUUGCUGCACGCUGCGUUGUGUGUUCCUGGAGGUUUCAUGUUAGCCACAGUUCUGGGAUGUGUUUGUCUUGGGAUCGCUAGUUUAAUCUACCUUUCGGCAGCUAUCCACGGGGAGCACUGGGAGCCCAUACUGCAUCGAAAGGAGCUGUCAAAGCGAAUUGGGGAGAGUAUCAAAAAACCUCCCCAGAACCCUCCGCCACGACCUCCUCCAGAACUCCGCAGGAAAAAAGCAGAUCACCUAGAGACCGCUGCAUAUGACAAUCCCAUGACUGUGGCUGUCAGUGAAUAAUGACUCUAUGACACUAAUGAGUGUGAAUAUGGUUUAGCUACAAACUCCAAAUGGCUUCGUGGCAGCCUAUACGUGUAACUAUAGUAGGUGGCCUUUAUGGUUUUAUAUUGUUUAAGUACUCCAGAAAAGCGAUAUGGAAAGACGGGAUUGACAAAAUAAUUUACUGAUUUAAUAUUUGCUUUGUGUAUAUGUAGUAGACAUUACAGUAGAUAUUUCCAUGUCUUUGUUACUUGCACACAUUCUACAAUAAAUGUUUUUUAACACUUUCAUCUUAAUGUUCAGCUUAAUAAUAUCGCUGUUAUGACAGAAAAGAUGCGAGGGCAAUUGCCUGAUAUAAUUGUGCUAUUACCUGUUUAGGGAAGAAAACACUUUCAUUUGAAGUUUGUGUAUUUGCCUCAAGGUAACAUAUAGGCCUAUAUUUAUGUAUUUACAUGGAAAAAAACUAUAUGUAAUUGGAGGUGCUAUACAGUCACUUGUCAUGUAUAUAAUUAUAUAUUUCCUUAUAGAAAUAAUUCACUAUUUUCAUUUUUUUACUAUUCACUAAAAACAAUUGUCGUGGUUUUUUGUCAUUCAUUUGUUAAACAUUGCGAUUUCAGUUACAAUUUCAAAAUGGGAAAAAGCUUCCUAAAUGUACAUAUUUAUCAUUAAAAGGAACUAAUAGCAGAUGACCGUAACAGCCUGUUGAGAAACAGAUUUUCAUACUUUCAUAAUCCUCUUGUUGCUCAACAAGGAACAAGGAAGUUCAUAUUACACAAAGACACAAGUGAAUAUGUUGGAAGACCAUUGUUCUUCUGGAUAAAUUGUUCUAAAUAUCUGGGCCCAUAUUCACAAAACAUCUUAAGGCUAAAAGUAGCUCCUAACUUGCAGAUUAAGGAGAAACUUAAAAAUGAUGGGCG